AUGGCUACCGCUGCUUCUGUGUGCCCUCUGCUUGGCUGGAAUCCCACUGGCUCAUUGCUACCGUAUGUGCAGGACAUUGGGCAAAGACCCGUCGAUUGUGACGAGUUUGCUGGUUCGAAUAGUAUAGUACAAAGUGCGCCUGCUGAGUCCGCAGGUACCAGGGAGGAGGAGCAAGGUCUCGGUCUAAUUUUCUACGAGUUCGAUCUGGGAGCUCAAGGAGCGUCCCGAUUAUAUCUAUCUCCUAUGGUUGAAUAA